AUGCCUACUUUCAGUUACGCGCAAGCCGCAAAGGGAGUGUCUGACUCACCAGCACCCGCCACGCCGGUAUCUACAGAGCCCGAGAAGAUCGAGUCCAAGCACGAAGAAACCAACGAGGUCCCCACAGAGCCCGUAACCACAACCUCGGAAACCGAAACACCACAGGAGGCUGAAGUGACGACUUCGAAUGUUGACGAGGAUGCUGAAUUCACCACCGUGACCAACAAGCAUGCCUCUAGAUCCAAGGCUGUCCACUCCAGGACGUCAUCCCCAAGCGUCCGGUCCGCCGCAACUCAGUCCAAGGAAGUUGAAUCCUCAAAUACUUCCAAUGGAACUCAAGAGGUUUCAUCUGAGAAGCAGGCUCAGUCUGAUGCUAAGACUGAGAAGGCUGAGAAUGACGCUGAAGAAUCCAAGGAUAAGUCUGGAAAGACUGAGAAGUCUGACAAGACUGACAAGGCCGAGAAAAGCACCUCACCAAAGGAGUUGAAGGCAGCCCCUCUCCCUUCAGUGAACAUCUGGCUGCAACGCAAGGAAGCACAAGAUGCCAAGGUCAAGACCUCUCCACCUCCUACUGCCGGCAAGGCUAGCCUCGCAAAGGCUACUGAAGAGAGCCAACAGGACUCGCCCAAGACAAACUCUAAGAAGAAGGGAUCCGAAUCCCCGCAAGAAGGCACCAAGGGAGGCAAGAAGUCUGAUGCUGCAAAGGGCCGGGAUGGUGCCUUGCCCUCAGUCGAAGAUGCCACAUCAUGGCCUACACCGCAGGUUGCUACUGGUGAAGAUAAGAAGAAGUCCGAGAAGUCCGAGAAGUCCGAGAAGAGCCCGGUCCAGCGUUCUCAUGGCAAGGAGAAGUGGAUGCCUGUCAACUACGUCCCAACUGCUGUUUUCAACACCCCUCUACCUUCCGCUGGCCGUGGAGGUCGCAAAGCUACUCGUGGUGGACGGGAUGGCGGUCGUGGUGCAUCUCACGCAAACGGUGCUGCCACUGGUGAGAAGGCCACCCAGGGCCAGUCUGCCCCCAAUUCUGGCGGCAAGCAGGUAUCUGCAGAGCGUGGCCGCAAUGAAGCUGGCACUGGCCGUGCUGCUUCUGUUCCUGCACAGAACAGACGCUCUGCCAAUUCCGAUGUGACCACCCCCGAGGGUCACAAGACUCAAGCCGCUGAGCGCAACAACAACAACAAUCACCGCCACCAGCGUGCUGCUGAAGAUGCUGCUGUCCCAAAUGGAAAGCAAGUCAACGGGGGUGGUGAUGUUGCCCGUCCCCAGCGUGACGGCAAGCAAUUCAACCGCAACAAUAACAACAACGAGGCUCGUAAUGCCAAGGGUGGUCAACUCGCUGUUGACUCCCAAGCUGCCGCUCGUGCUAACGAACGUCGAUUUGACUCUGGCUCCAAGUCAGCUGAUGUGAAUCGCGAGGUUGGUGCAGGUGCUUUCCAGGAUUUCCACCGUGACUCUCGUGCUGAUCGAGGAGGUCGUGGCUCUAACCGUGGACGUGGUGGUGCUUACUCUGGGUUCAAUGGUCACAAUGGCCAUUUUAACCCCGGAAACAACUUUGUUCCCAAGAGUUUCGGUUACAAUGACCGUCAACGGUCCCAGCAUGGUCUUGCCAACGGCGCACAGCAGGGCAACCGAAUGCCUUUGAGGUCGCCUUCUAUGACUGCCAAUGCGAACCCAUAUGGUGUCUACCCGUACCAGUCUGACGUUAACAACAUGUACCCAUAUCAGCAGGUCAACCCUGGCCCCAUGAACGCCAUGCCUUACCAGCCAUACCCGGAAACCCCCUCGCUUGUGACCAUGCUCUCUCUUCAGUUGGAGUACUACUUCUCUGUUGAUAACAUGUGCAAGGACAUGUUCCUUCGUAAACAGAUGGAUUCUGAAGGCUUUGUUCCUCUCAAUGUUAUUGCCAAUUUCAAGCGUGUGCAGUCCUUGACUGAAGACUUUGAUCUCCUUCGUCAAGUUUCCCGUCAACUCCGUACCGUCCAGCACCAGAUUGGUGAAGAUGGUGUCGACCGCUUGCGCCCUCGCGAGAAAUGGGCCCAGUGGGUGCUGUCCGAUGCUCCCCCAGCACUCCCCGCAAAGAACGACGAGAACACUCCUUUCAAUAGCCACUUCGAUAGCCCAUCCAAUGGUUUUAUUAACCCGGGAUCACAACAAUUCGUUCCCAACGGCACAGCUUCCUACAACCCCGGCACAGCUCUUUCCUCUACGGCCCCAGAGUUCCAGCCUUCGGGACAGAAUGAAGUUGCUACUGUAGGACCUCCCCAGGAUUUCUUUUGUUUCCCCCCCCUUGAUGGCCUCGAAAUGGAUCCCUUUUCUCAUAUGGCAACCCAACUGGACAAAACAUUUAUUGACCAACCUAAAUCAGCGCGCGGAUUAGAUCCAAAGACCGAACCUUAUUACCCCUCGGAACUGGCCACACAGCGAGCUGGUGACCAGGGUGGCUCGUAUGAAUCAUAUCAUUCCCACAAUAUUUUAGGUACCGAAAUUGACCAGUCGCCAGAGGUUCAAAACUCCAAGUCAUUUGAGUGGAAGAGAAGACACAACUAUUCGGAAAGAAGCCGCCAUAGACUUGCCAGGUCAUACAACGAGUUCCAAAACCAGGAUUUUGAAAGCUCGGAACACCGGCCCUUCAAUCGAAAUCUUGCCUCCCCUGCCGGUUAUCAGUACAUGCUUGAUCGUUUGGAGAAGGUGUUUGAUGAAAAAAUGUACAAUGAAUUUAGGCGUCAUGCCCUUGAUGAUCUCCUAACUCGACAAAACAGAUAUGGUUUCAAUUGCCUUCUUGAGUUCUUUCGCCUUUCUCUUACUCCGGACUUUCCUCUGCAUCAUAUUGUCCUUUCAGAUCUGAUUGGCCUGUGCCACGAUGAAUCUUUCAAACCUCGUGAUGUCAUCUUUGGUUUCGCUCGAGAUGCCGUCCAUCAUGAUGAUACUCCACACCAAAAAUCACGCAGGAUUCAUACAACGUUUACCCGAGAAUUUGGCAGGCAGUGGUUAAGACCGUGGAAAGCACCCUUUAAUUGA